CGCGAGAAAUCUUCAGAGGGGGCAAAGCCCUUCGUCUAAUAAAACCGAUAGACAGUAAGAAUGGAAACAUUAUUUUGUAGUUCUCAUUUAACACAUUUGUGCCAAUUUCAAUAUUUUUACGUGGUGUCAUGUUAAUAUAAAAGUAGAAUUUUAUUAAAUAUUGUAUGUGACAUUUACAAUGCUACAAGGAUCCAAUCAAAAAUUAAUUUUUAUGAUAUUUUACUUAAAAACAUAAGAAAGUGAUAGAUUCGAAUUCUAUGUGAUUUACAUGAAUGAGCACCGACAAGACUGAUUAUGAAACAAAAUAUAUUACUCUAAUUUAUGUAAUUACUUCAUUACUAAAUGCAAGACAAGAUUGUUAUUGAAAUUAACAGUAUUAUUGUAAACAAUCGGUUACUUGCUACUAGUUUUAUAAAAGAGAUUAAAGGACAUAAGUGAAAGUAAUUGCAAUGUUAUACUAGCAUGAUCUAUAAAUAAUGCAGAGGAUAUUUAUAGAAUUAUGACUUAUAAUUGGGUCAAUCAUUAAGAAAUUUAGAAAAGCCGAAAGAUUAAAAGAUUUGUAAUACGUUUUUGAGCAGAAUCUUAUUAAUGAAAUACAUUAAAAUAAAUAGUGAGAGAUCAAGAUAUAAGUUUAUUUUAUUUCUAUAUGUACCAAAGAAUUAUUGCCAAGGUUUUUACAUUAUCUCACUUCACAAUAAUUUUAAAAUACUGUGUACAAUGCAGAUGUUAUAUAAUUUAUUCACUUAAUACGAAUUAUAAGUAAAAAUUAUUUAAUAAAAAACCGAUUAUGAAAUGAUUGCUAAGUAUGUUCUUUUAACAUAAGUGAGUUUCAAUGUGAAUAAAAGUUUGUACAUAUGGGUUUUACAAAGAUAUUAAAACGUAUGCUGUAUGCAAAUUUUGCAUCGUGCAGUUCUAAAACAUUAGGAAUACUAGCACCAUUAACAAUCCCACCAUUGCAUAUUGCAUUUUUGUACUACUUUUGGCAAGAAUAUUCAAGAGACGUAGACAAACAGUAUUGUUCUUGUUCAUGUUGGGACACAGUAUUUAAGGGAUCAUAUGAGUCUGGCAUUGCCUCUUAUAAACAUAUGUAUUUUAAUGCCACAUCGAAUACUUUAAAAAUAUGGAUUACGAUUGUAAUUGGAAUUAUUACUUUCUAUGAAGUAGUGAAACAUUUAACAUGGCUAGCUUUUCAUAAUCGCCUUAGACUUUCUAUGAUGAUCCUUUUUUUAACUGCUAUUUUCUCACAUUACUAUACUUGGUGGGUUUAUAUGAAUUAUUGGAAUGAUGAGUUCUAUUCCCAAUGGUACCAUCAAUUGUUUUUCUCUGUCACUGAACUGAUUUCUACUUUCCUGGUUGUUCAUCUGGCAGAUAAUAAAAAUCCAGUAACUCAUAGAAAAGCAUUUGGUAUAGCUGCAAUAGCUAUUUUACAUAUUUUAGCAGGUGGUUGGGAUCAAUUUGUUGCCAAUGUUUUCAGAGGAGAAGGACAUGCACAUCAGGUUGUACGUGAUCUUGGAUUUAUGAUCCCAGAUAUUCUUCAUGUUGCUAUUCCAUUAUGGACAGUUAAGUGGAAACAUAUUUAUAAUCUUCCUGGUUCUGCCAAACGAGAUCCUAGUAUCAAAAGAGAUCUAGCUUAUAUGUUGGGAAUGAUAUGUAUAGGAUUAUGCAUUUGUGCCAUAUUGUAAUUCAGUCAUUAUAAUGCCUAAAAAUAGUGUCUUAAAGAUGAAAUGAUCGUUUAAUUUAACUUAUUUUCUUAUACCAAGUUUUGAAAGAUGUAUAUCUAUAAAUGAAUAUUAUUGAAAAAAUAUAUAUGUACACAUAUACAGGAAGUGCAAAAGGUUUGGGGAAAAACUUCAGGAGCAUAUAGCACUCA